CGCUCGAUCGUCGCUCAGUCGUCGCGGCGCGCUCAAAGCGGGCACGUCGGACACCACCUGUCAAGGUUUAUUUAAAAUCUUUACCUGGCGGCAUCGCGACAUUGGAACCAUCCUUCAAUUCUUUACUGUCUCCUUUUUUUUAAAUCUUAAAGCUCGUUAUCACUGAUAUCACUCGGCACGUAGUCGGGCACACGCGUACACACAGAUCUACUACGAGGAUGGGAUGAUCAGUUACUCAGGAAGUGCUAUACGUGUCAGAGAAAUAUAAAUUUUUGAGACGUAAUAGACCUCCUACACAAUCAGAAGACACGGGCUGCAUCGUUGUCCGAAGAUCUGGAGGAAAAUAAGGAAGGAUACAAAUAGUUGAAUCUCAUUGCAAGAAAAGAAAAACAGAGUACAAGAAAGUCAUACCGGUGUUACCAGAAGAAUUGUAUAGCAGAGGAAAUGCCAAGGUGAUCUCGUACGUCGGGGAUACUGGGACUGUCAACGGCACGCGACUUCUUCUUCUUUCUCGUUAAUCUCAAUCGCUCCAUUCUCCUUUAUUUCUCCUCGGUACUGGUCGUUCUACGCCGAGAGCAAAUUUUACUUUACUUCAAUUACCAAAUCGACAGUAAGUGCAUUGCCGCGAGAGAGAGAGCAGUCCUGUUUACGUCCUCGCGUGCAAUCUCAUCGACAACGGCCUUGUCUGGUACGUGAAAUCCGUCUUGCGGAUUCGCCUUUAUAUCCAUUCACUCAUCAUCGCUUGGGAGACGCGAGUGCGAGGUGUGCCUUGACGAACGCCCGUCUGAUCAAGACAGUUGUGGAUACUGUCGAAACUGUAGUAACUCUCGUUAUCAGCCAACGAGAUAAAUUCCUAGUGGGGACAGAGGUCAGACCGGAUACUACUUUGGCCAAAGGUCCCUCACGUAUAAAUCAUCGUCAUUUCCAUAAGAGUAAGACACUCGAUUAAUUACGGCCUGAAGACGUACGAAUUUUCACGAUUACCGUUGGACCUGCUGCCGCUGUUGCUACUAUGCAUCACACAGCACCCUGGUAUUUGCCGUGGGGCUUGAAAUUGGUACCUCUACCAAUUCCACCUGGACAUCCGGCAUCGGGCAUUCCUAACCCAGGACUCCAUCUUCUUGCGCCGUUACCGGGAAUUUACACACCGGAGCCUAGAAAGGUAGAGCUAAAGCCUCUGAGGGAGGCGUCGGUACCUGUACCAGCACCUAAGCUAUCGGAGAAGAGAAAGGCCGAGGAAGCGGACGCCAGUAAGGAUCUGAAGAAGGCGAAAUUGGAAACAAAGGCGCUAAAAGCAAAGAGGCCGGGAUUCACGGACGAGCGAUACAACGAGACCAGCUAUUACGUGGAAAAUGGUCUACGCAAAGUAUACCCUUAUUACUUUACCUUCACGACCUUCACGAAGGGUCGAUGGGUCGGUGAGAAGAUACUCGAAGUUUUCGCAAGGGAAUUUCGCGCUCAUCCUGCCGAGGAAUACGAGAGAUGCAUCCGGGCUGGUACGCUCACUGUCAAUUACCAGAGGGUCGAUGUGGAUUAUAGAUUAAGGCACAACGAUCUCCUUGCCAACGUCGUUCACAGACACGAGGUGCCAGUCACCUCGGAGCCGAUCACGGUGAUACACAUGGACGAGGACGUCGUCGUGGUCAACAAGCCCGCCUCCAUCCCUGUACAUCCCUGUGGUCGUUACAGACACAAUACCGUCGUCUUUAUCUUGGCGAAGGAAUACAACUUGAAGAACCUCAGGACCAUUCACAGGCUGGACAGAUUGACCAGCGGGAUUCUUUUGUUUGGUAGGACCCCUAAAAAGGCGAGGCAAAUGGAACAUCAGAUACGUAAUCGACAGGUGCACAAGCAAUACGUUUGCCGCGUCGAGGGUGAAUUUCCAGAGGAGGAGGUAGUCUGCUCAGAGCCGAUUGAAGUUGUCUCGUACAAGAUAGGCGUCUGCAAAGUCUCGGAGAAGGGAAAGGAUUGCGUGACACGUUUUAAGAGGUUGAGCUACAACGGCACCUCCUCCGUAGUCCUCUGCAAGCCUCAGACCGGACGGAUGCACCAGAUCAGAGUUCACUUACAAUACUUAGGUUACCCUGUAGUGAAUGAUCCAUUGUACAACCACAUAGUAUUCGGUCCGCAAAAGGGCAAGGGUGGUAACAUCGGUAAGACGGACGAGGAGUUGGUCAAAGAUCUUAUAGGUAUCCAUAACGCUGAAAACUGGUUAGGGAUGGACGGGGACUCGGAGAUGAGUUUGUUCAAGCCGAAGCUAGAGAUAGAGGACAGAGUACUUAAUACGGGUGAUAAGGAAGGAUCACCGUCCUCCACGCCAAGUCCACCGGAUGAGGAAUUGAAAUCCUUGAAGGUGACAGUUGGUACUCAAACUGGUUCCGAACCACCAGACUCAAGCUUUGCCAAUGAUAAGGUUACCGUUGAUCCUCAUUGCUACGAGUGUAAGGUCAAGUACAGAGACCCUAAGCCAUCCGAUCUAGUGAUGUAUCUUCACGCAUGGCGUUACUGCGGUCCAGGAUGGGAAUACGAGACUCCUUUACCCGCAUGGGCUGCCAGCGAUUGGACGGGCGACGAUCGAUAGUUUCACCAGGACGUCUUCCUAGCGAGAAUUUCGAAAGCAUCCCCCGGAAUAACCUUUUUUGAUAUCCUACCCCGUGCCUUCCAUAUGUUCGUGAGCAAUUUCGAGUACUCCCACGUAUCAAAUGGACCUGGACGACCGUCAUCCUCGAUUUGAUUAUUCCUCAUCGUUGGAAAUAACCAGGGUCACUGGGGAUCAUUAUAACUUGAUCAUCAUCAGCCUUAAUCGUACGAGACGCUCUUCGCGUUUUGGUGUAAUCACACCGACUUGUAGACUUGAUCUAUUUUUACUGGGAAUAUACAUACAGCGACGGGGAUGACCCGUGUCCAUUUGUAUCCUGGGAACUCCAACAAUCAGCAUAAUCUUCCCGCACCUUGCCAAGAAGCAAGCAUCGGCGAGCUUACCAUAUCGUAGGUAUAUCUUCUUCGUGGACGGAGAUAAAUAUAUUCAAGAAAAAAUCGGCGUUCAAUCGCUUCUUUCCUCGACCUCGUCACUCGGACGUCGGUCGACGGGAUACGUAUGUGUCUUUUUUAUUCGAGCUAUAACAGAAAGAUAGAACGAGAAAGAGAUUAAUAGUAAAUUAAUUAACUAAGUUAUAUUGACAUGGAAGUCUGCUCGCGUCGUUGACUCAUCAUAACCCAGCUAGUUACAUUAGAUGGAUGAGAGUAUGAAAGCGCGAUUAUCAUCUAGGAACUCGAUGAUGUACACAGAAUAAUAUUUUAUUACGCGUCGUGUUCGUAUCGUAGUUGGUCUAUAGAUAAAAAUAAAAGAUCUCGCGUCCAGUAUGGCGCGAGCAUACAUAUGUGCCGUGUCCCUUUUUAAUGAUACAGAAAAAAAACAGCAGGGAUGUAUCGCAAUAAAUAUUUAAAAAAAAAACGGACCUAUUACUUAAGAAAAAAAAGACAGUGUGUGCGCUUACUAACCAAUACUCGACGUCGAGCACCCAAUUCUGGACUCCCGACGUCGAGGCCUCUAACGACUACGUUUAUCUAUUUAAGUAAACUAACGAUAUUUAAAUGCAAAAAAGACAGUCCCGAUUAGUGGCACAAUGAAGACAUCGGUCUGCAAUUUUGAGCGAGCGCUUUUGUAUAUAUAUUAUGUAACGCACAUUAUGUAACGUUAUUCAAAAAUGAUAUCUUGUACUGUAGCCAAAUCAGAUCGUUUAGAUUUAGCCGAAUUUUCUUGUAUAACAAAAGUAAUAAAUGCAGAUUAUUAUUUGGUGUUCAUUUUA